GCUGCUCAGGAGCCACAUGGUCCAUCCCUGGAUUCUCCAAGCACUCACUGCCCAUCCACUCUGACCACAGCCAGGGGCCACAUCCCACUGCCUGCCCAGCGUCCAUCCAUGGAGGUGAGCACCGUGUCCCCAUCUCCUGCCUCACCCACUGAAGGCGAUGAUCUGUGUGAGACAGAUGUCACCAGCACUGCCACCCACAGUGUGACACUGCUCAUCUUCUGUGGGCUGGCUGGGAACGGGGCUGUCAUCGGCCUCCUCAACCUGAAAAGUGUCAACUAUGGCAUCUUUGACCUGGCUCUUGCCGACUUCCUCUUCCUUCUCCUUACAGUCCCUUCCACCUUCCUCUUCCUGGUGGAGGACAGGUCCUGCUCUCCUAUUGUGCCCAUGCUGUACCUGCGUUUCCUUCUGCAGCUGUCAGUGGUCUCCUACUACUGGGGGCUGUUCCGGCUGACAGCCCACAGCCUAGGUAAGGACGUGGCCUCACUCUGCAAGCUCUGCUGCUGCUGCCAACUUCCCGAGCGCCUGAUGUGGGUGGUGUGGAGAGCCAAAUACUGGGUCUUUUUCGCUCUUUUCACUAUCAUUCCUGCAGUGACAUUCUUGUGCCCAUCACACGAGCAGGAGCACUGCCGGGCAGCUCUCAUCUCCAUGUACACCAUCAUCCUGCUCCUCUUUGUUGCACCCGUGGUGAUUUACCGCACAAUCGUCCUCAUUAAGGCCCAGCAACGCUCCCAGCAGCAGCAGCCCAAGAGGCGCAACAUUGUUGUCUUCAUCACUGUGCUCUUCACUCUCCUUCUCAUCAUCUGCAAUUUCCUGCAGGAGCUCGGUUACAUCACUGUGUCCUCCCAGGUUGUUUUCCUGCUCACCUGCAUCCACAGCACCAUCAAACCCUUCAUCUACUUCUUGGCAGGGAGGUGCAGGAGGCCCUGCUCUGUGCAGUCCCUCCAGCUCACCCUCAACAGUGUCUUUGAGGAGCAGAAAGAUAAAACUGCAUGCGGAAAUGAUGCCCCCAGCCUGUUGAUCCAUUCCUGCUCUGCUGAAGGACCCCAGGAGAGUGGCUGA